UUGCGACUUCACUAAGAACAGCGACCAACUCUUCGAAUUUUUCUCAGGCUAUCCCUGUGUACAUAUAUGCUUUGUGCGCCAUUAGACAAUGAACAAUCACCUCCAGAUGAACUCUAUCUUGAGCGUUUCGAGGCUUUCAUGGAGAAAUGUUUGACGGACAUUCACUCAUUCGCAGAAAGAGAAGCUCGUUCGUUUGAGCAGACCAGACGAGACGUUGCUAGGUGGCAUUGUAAUCAGCUUUUCCAAUGGCAGUCCCCAUCCUCAUCGUCUGAAGUCUCUAACCGGUCUACCGAAAUCUGGACUAUCCUCGUCAACCUGUCUCGUAUUCUGGAGUCGUUGUCUGGUGUAUUUGGGAUCGAGUCAUUUCUUCUCGCUGUAGAUCCAGAGGAUAUAACUAGUCAAUCUUUUCUGGGAGGGACUAUUAUAGGUAGAGAAUUCUGGAGAGGAAUGCGAGCCGGAGGCGAAUCUGGAGCAAAAGCAUUCAAAGAGCAAUGCAUCAAGAACAAAGGCUCGAAGAACGUUCCUCAUUCCGUUGCGCAUAAUCAACAUCCACUCUCAGGAAAUUCUAGCAAGUUUAUCUCGCCGAGCUCAGUCAUCAACGUUUCCUCCAAACAAUCUGCUAAAAACGUUAAAGUGGAGCUUUAUGAAGGUGUGCGUAAUGCUCUGAGAACAGUGAGCGGGAUCCGCAAUGCUGAAAUGAAGUGGUCAAAUCAUGACCGACUCUUCACUUACGGGGUUUGUCUAGUUGGUUGGCCGUCCGACAUUCCCGCGAAAAAUCCGUCUACUUUGAAAGCUGAUCAGAACAAGCGGCUUUUGGAGCUGUUGAAUAACGGGACUUUGAGGUUCAUAAAAAAUAUUAUGCUAUCUUCUGAUUCCGACCAAGCCCAAGCUGGUCCUGUGUGGGAAGGGACGGAACCUGGGGAGAAUGAGGAUGAAGGUACUAUAGACCAGUCAGACGAGAUGUUCUCUUGGGCCAUACAAUAUGAAGACGAUGAUCCUGUAGAUCGCACCGAGCCAGAUAGUCGAGUCACACAUCAGGACCAACCUGUCGAGGAAUCGAGCUUAGACGUGGGCAGACCGAGAAAGAGAGCUAAAUUCGGGGAGAGGAUUCGUUUCCAUUCCGCCGAGGAUGCAAUCACUUGACGGAUUGUAUAUAUCGUUAUCACGCUACAUCCUAUACCACUUAUGUACACAUAGAUAAAGAUAUACCCAAGUUCAUAAAUGAUCAUAAAUCGCCGC